AUGGCUUCCUCAAUUAUUCCGAGUGAGCCACCUACCCGCAUUCGGUUACUGACCCUAAAUUGCUGGGGUCUCAAGUACCUUGCCACCUACCGCCAUGAACGUCUUUCAGAGAUCGGUCGACAGCUGGCUCAAGCCAGUCCGCCCCCCGAGAUAGUCGGACUGCAGGAAUGCUGGACACAACAAGACUACGAGAGCAUCCGAGACCAAACCCGGCACAUCCUACCAUAUGGAAAGUUCUAUUUCGGAGGCAUAUUCGGAGCGGGCUUGGCGAUUCUGUCCAAGUGGCCAAUUGAGGAGAGCAGCAUGUACGCAUACCCGCUCAACGGACGGCCAACAGCCUUCUUUCGUGGCGAUUGGUUUGUGGGUAAAGGUGUGGCUUGUGCCAGGGUGCGCUUUGGACCAGGUGCAGCCGACGUCGCUGAGGUAUUCUGCACGCAUCUGCACGCCCCCUAUGAGCGAGAACCCAAUGACUCGUACCUGUGUCAUCGCACGGCGCAAGCAUGGGAGACCUCCAAGCUCAUGCGUGGUGCUGCAGAGCGAGGGCACCUGGUAAUCGGACUGGGCGACUUUAACAUGCUGCCUUCUUCCUUCGCCCACCGGUUGAUUAGCGCCCAGAGCCCCGUCCGUGACGUUUGGCGCGAACUGCACCCCGACUCGUCCCUCGGCGCAGCAAUCAAUCCUGUUGAGCAAGCUCGAAAACGACCAAUUCCAUCUGCGGAGUUCAAUCUGCUUGAGAAUGGUGCUACAUGUGACGGGGCUUUCAAUACCUGGCGCUGGUCCAAAGCUCUACAGAAGCGACUUGACAAGGGCGAAGAGAUCACCAUUGACAAGGAUGAAGCCGACCCACGCGCAAAGCGUCUAGACUACAUCUUUGUUGGCGAUGGAGGAUAUGCCCCCGAGUUCCCUGCCCCUCGCUGGUCCGUUGAAUCGGCGAAGGUCAGCAUGACUGAACGCCACCCCACCCUCCGCUGCUCUCUAAGUGACCAUUUUGCCGUCGAGGCGGUCAUUACUCGAUCUUCCGAUGUUGCUUCUAUCAAAUCAAAAGCUCAAACUCAAGCCCAAGUAGACCUACCUCACUCGCCGAGCACUCCUUCUCUCCACACAACAACCUCCAAACAAGUCUCCCCCAAUGCCGCCCUCUCCCCAGAUACCUAUGACCACAUCAUCGAUAUGAUCCACACUUAUGUGCAGCGAGAACGGUCACAGCGCCGCUGGCGUCUCGCGCAUUUCAUUCUUUCGAUUGUGGUCUCUAUUGGUUGCAUGGUCGGCGUAUGGUGGGUGGGUAAUCGCACCUAUAUCGGCUUCAUCCUAAUCCUGGUCAGCACAUUGAACUUUGGAGCUGGUAUUCUGGAUGGCCUAAUUGGUGGACUUUUUGUCUCAAGCGAGCUUCGUGCUCUGAAAGAAUUCGAGUGGGAGGUCCAGACGGCAAAGGAUUUGGUGUUGGCUGCCGAGGGACGGAACAAAAUAUGA